CACACAAAAUUUCAAAACAUUUGUGAACACUAGGCAGGAACCAAACUCCAUUAGUACAACCAUGAUGGAGGAGCCUAUCCCACGUGUUCAUCAUGUAUUGGUAACAAGAUUUUCAUUCAUUGGUGGUUAUUGUCCUUUUCCUUAACAACAUUAUAAAUCAAAAAUAGCAAACAAAAUAGCCACCGGUGCCUUUUGUUUUUGCCUUUGUAUAUAUAGUCACAAAACAGAAUUUUGGAUUCAAACUUUUUCUUCUUUCCUUUUCUCUUUAAACCAUCUAUGGUAAAAUUUAAAUAAAUAAAAAAUAUGAAUCUGUUUUGAAGAAUUUAUGUAUAUAAGAAUGUAAAAUGUUUGUUUUCUGUUUUGGGUUUGUCAAACUAAGUAUAAAAAUUCAAUCUUUGGAGAGAAAAAAGUUGAGGAAAAUUGUUUUUGUUGAAUAGUAUUGAUUAUUAUUAUUUAUUUAUUAUUAUUAUUAUUAAUAAUAAAUUAAAUUUGCAAGAUUGUAAAGUGCCCAUAAUUGAAAUCUACAUAAAGGAACAUUUUUUAUCCAACUUUUGUGCAUAUUAUUAAUGAUAACAUUGCUUUGAAAUCACAAAAUCAAAAGGGUCAUUUUUGUUGUUGAGGAAUGAUAGCAAAGAAAGAAUGGAUUUCUGGCCAGAGUUUCUUGCAAGUAGUUCAGGUAGAGAGUUUGUGGCUGGUGGAUUUGGAGGAACUGCUGGUGUAAUUUCUGGUUAUCCUUUGGAUACUCUUCGAAUUCGACUACAAAGUUCGAAAAAUGGUUCUGCUUUUAGUAUCCUUAAAAAUAUGGUUUCUAAGGAAGGACCAGCUUCUUUGUACCGUGGCAUGGCUGCACCAUUGGCAUCAGUUACUUUUCAGAAUGCUAUAGUUUUUCAGACAUAUGCAGUUCUCUCAAGGGCAUUUGACCCAUCUGAUUCAACCAAAGACCCUCCGUCCUACAAGAGUGUUGCUUUAGGUGGAAUUGGUACAGGAGCACUUCAAAGUCUAUUGCUUUCCCCAGUGGAACUGGUCAAAAUUCGACUUCAGCUGCAAAACACAAGCCAGUCAAAAGAAUCAGGAACAAGUCCUGUAAAAGUAGCUAAAAACAUAUGGAGAAAAGAGGGUUUCCGCGGCAUGUAUCGAGGACUCGGAAUCACUGUAAUGAGAGAUAUACCUUCACAUGGUUUUUACUUCUGGACGUAUGAAUACAUAAGGGAACAAUUGCAUCCAGGUUGUAGGAAAAGUGGUCAAGAAAAUGUGAAUACUAUGUUGAUUUCUGGAGGAUUAGCAGGGGUAGCAAGUUGGGUUUGUAGUUACCCUUUUGAUGUUGUGAAGACAAGACUACAAGGUCAAACACCAUCUUCUUUAAAAUACUUGGGGAUUUGCGAUUGUAUCAGAAAAAGUGUUAAAGAAGAAGGGUACCAUGUGUUGUGGCGCGGUUUAGGAACUGCGGUGACAAGAGCAUUUGUGGUGAAUGGUGCUGUUUUUGCUGCUUAUGAGUUUACAUUGAGAUUUCUGUUGAACAAUGAAAACAUUAAAAUACAGGAAACAAUUUAGGACAGCAGGUGCACUCAAAAGAAUCAAAGUUCAGCUGUUGUAUUCAAUGUAAUGGCCAAACAUUUUUAUAUUUGAUUCUGAUUAGACAAUGUAACUGCCAAAUAUUGAUCCUCCUUUUUCUAUUCGUUGACUGUGAA